CCGACGCCGCCGAAGAAAACGCCACGCCGCCACCGAAGAGAAUAGCAAGAGAGAUUGAGAGAAACGCCGCCCCUCCUCUCGGGUCCGACUCUCGGGGUACCACGAGCUCUCCUCCCUCCCCUUUUUAGCUGUCGCACAAUUCACCCCCUUCUUCCCCGCUCGCACUGCCGUGCUCUCCUCACUCCGCUUCUUUGUCAUCGCUCGCUGCCGCACCCUUCCGUUCCAUCCCGGGUUUCCCUGCCGCCGCCGCCCUGUCCACGGCGGAUGGUAUGCCGACGGGCUUCACCGAGGACUUAUUCAUGUGAAGGUCAAUUGUUCUCAUCAGUAAAGUUGGAGCAGAGAGACAGAGAUUAAAGAGUAUGGUUUGUUCAAAGCAAAUAAAGUAAAUCAAAAUAUUGGAGAGUAUGACUGCAAGAAUCAACAAGCCUUGCCACAUUAUUCCUGCCCGUUGCUUCUAGCCGAACCUCCAAGUUAUAAGGUCACAGGAAGAUGAUGAACCCUUAUGGGUUCUUGGUGCAUAUCGUCAACACUAUUGUCAACAUUAUGUCUUCGUUGGUGUUGCGGGCAGGUACUAUCCUGUUGAUGGCAAAGGAAAUGUUAUCAUAUAUUUUAGGUUUUAGCUUCUUUUUAAAGGCUAAACCGCAUUGCCUUUUGUUACCCACCUCACCAAGCCUGCUGCCAGAUGAUCUCCUCAUCGAGAUCUUUCUCUGCCUUCCAGCACAUCCCACCUGCUUGAUCCGCACGUCGCUCGUCUGCAAGCGAUGGCACUGGCUAAUCAAAGAACGCCGAUUUGUCUGUCGCUUUCACACACUCCAUCAGAAACUCCCCGUGCUUGGCUUCUUCAGCAACUCCACCCGCAUCCCCCGUUUUCUCCCCACUGGGGACCCUCCUGAUUGUGUCACAACAGCAGCCUUCUCCCUACCUGACGACCCCUUCUGGCAGGUCCUUUGCUGCCGCCACAGCCUUGUCCUCCUUGUUAGCUCAAGUUGGGAUAGACUCCAAGUGUGGAACCCCAUGACUGGUAAUCGGCAAUAUGUACCAGUUACUCCUGAUGUGGAUAGUCGUCUUCAUCAUGGCAUCGUUCCUGAGAGCCAUGCUGCAGUGCUUUGUGCAGCCGGCCACAAUGAGCAUGGUGACUGCCGCUCUUGCCCCUUUGUUAUAGUGUGGGUAUUCACCUGCACGCGCUAUGCAUAUGCCUCUAGAUACUCAUCGGAUAUUGGCAUCUGGCACUCCGUGGUGUCUUCACCAUCACCAUCUGAGGUUGAUUCGAGGCCUAGCGUCCUUGUUGGAAACGUCUUGUACUGGCCACUGAAGUUAAAGUAUAUCCUUGCAUUUCAGCUGGACACAUGUAGAUUAUAUCAUAUUGAGUGUCCACCAGAUACACAUGGUAUAUACAGGAGGAAUGUCCACAUCAUGAAGGCAGAGGAUGGUGGGCUAGGCCUUGCUGCCUUGACAGAAUUCAACCUGCGCCUAUGGGCUCGGGAGUCGGAUGCUGAGGGUGUUACGGGAUGGGUUCUGCGUAGGACCAUUCAGUUGGAUGCAUUCCCUCCACUGAAAGUGCCAUCUCUGGCAUUGACAGCAAAUCAUUUGACUGUAAGGCCUCCGGUCAGGAUAUUGGGUCUCGUUGAGGAUGAUGAUUCUGUUUUCAUAUGGACAAAAAAUGGUGUCUUUGCAGUCCAGCUAAAGUCCAUGCAGUGCAAGAAGAUUUUUGAGGCUAAUGUGUCUGCAUCUAUCUUCCCAUACAUUGCCUUUUAUACCACAGGUGGUGUGGACGGACCCGUGAAAACAUUGGAGCAGCAGAAGAUGUCUAAAUCUGCUGAAUCCCUUUAAGUGGAUAGGCAUAGUGGCCACAGUAAUGGCAGCCUCAAACAGGUGCUCACUAUCUUGGAGGAGAAAACACCAGUAGUUCUUUGAUGAAGCUGUCUUGUUAAUCACUAUCAACUAAGUUGGUCAUGGCAAGUAUGUGUUGGUGCUGUACUAUCUUGUGCACUCGAUUAGCUCGUUGCUCUAUGCCUCUAUCCAUCCGGAGCUUGGGCAUUGAAGCUCAAUUGGAAAAUAUGAACUCAGGUAGGAAUGGGCUUAAAAAACCGAAACCGAAUCUGAAUUAGCCAGUACCGAAUUAACCGUUACUAAUUUUGGUUAACCGAAUAAACUGAGCUAAUGAUAAAUAGUCUAUAACUCUUCCUCGGCCCAAAACGCAGAAGUCCAUUAUAUGUUUUGUAUGAAGUGCUUUUAAACUUUUAUGCAACCCCAAGCCUGCAAGACUUGGGUUAUGUCAAGAUUUCUCUGUUUGAGACUUCGAGUCAUGUAUGUGUUGGAAGUUCUAUUAAAAUUCAUGAUUUGAUGUUGUCUA